AUGGAGGAAUUUCAAGUAUAUUUAGAACUAAAUAGAUCCCGCCGACACGAUUUCCUAUACCCACUUAUUUUUCGGGAGUAUAUUUAUGCACUUGCUCAUGAGCAUGGUUUAAAUAAAUCGAUGAUUUUUUUUGAAAAUCAGGGUUAUGGUAAUAAAUUCAGUUCACUAAUUGUGAAACGUUUAAUUCUUCGAAUGGAUCAACAGAAUCGUUUGAUUAGUUCUGCUAAUGAUUCCAACCAAAAUCCGGUUUUUGGGCACAACAAUAAUUUGUAUUCUCAAAUGAUAGCGGUAGGAUUUGCAGUCAUUGUGGAAAUUCCAUUUUCCUUACGAUUAAUAUCUUACUCACAAGGGGCAGAAGUCGCAAAAUCUCAUAAUUUACAAUCAAUUCAUUCAAUAUUUCCUUUUUUAGAGGACAAAUUCUCACAUUUAAAUUAUGUGUUAGAGGCACUAAUACCUCAUCCCAUCCAUCUAGAAAUCUUAGUUCAAGCCCUUCGCUACUGGGUAAAAGAUGCUUCUUCUUUGCAUUUAUUACGGUUCUCUCUCUACGAGUAUUGUAAUUUGAAGAGUUUUAUUACUCCAAAGAAAUCUAUUUCGAUUUUUAAUCCAAGAUUAUUCUUGUUCCUAUAUAAUUCUCAUACAUGUGAAUACGAAUCCAUUUUCCUUUUUCUCCGUAAUCAAUCUUCUCAUUUACGAUCAACAUCUUCUGGGGUCUUUCUUGAACGAAUUUUUUUCUAUGGAAAAAUAAAGUAUCUUGGCGAAGUCUUUUAUAAUGAUUUUCAGAACAACCUAUGGUUGUUCAAAGACCCUUUCAUACAUUUUAUUAGGUAUCAAGGAAAGUCAAUUCUGGCCUCAAAGGAUACGUCUCUUCUGAUCAAUAAGUGGAAAUAUUACUUUGUCGAUUUAUGGCAAUAUUAUUUUUACCUGUGGUCUCAAUCAGGAAGAGUCCGUAUAAAUCAAUUAUCUAAAUAUUCUCUCGACUUUCUGGGCUAUCUUUCAAGUGUGCGAUUAAAUCCUUCAGUGGUACGGAGUCAAAUGCUAGAAAAUUCAUUUCUAAUAGAUAAUGCUGUGAAGACGUUGGAUACAAGAAUUCCAAUUAUUUCGCUCAUUGGAUCAUUGUCUAAGGCGAAAUUUUGUAACACAUUAGGGCAUCCCAUUAGUAAGCCGACGUGGGCCGAUUCCCCCGAUUCUGAUAUUAUUGACCGAUUUGUGCGGAUAUCCAGAAAUCUUUCUCAUUAUCACAGUGGAUCUUCAAAAAAAAAAAGUUUGUAUCGAAUAAAAUAUAUACUUCGGUUUUCUUGUGUUAAAACUUUGGCUCGUAAACACAAAAGUACUGUCCGUGCUUUUUUGAAAAAAUUAGGUUCGGAAUUUUUGGAAGAAUUCUUUACGGAAACGGAAGAAGAACAUGUUUUUUCUUUGAUCUUCCCAAGAGGUUUUUUUGCUAUGCGAAAGGUCUAUAGGGGACGAAUUUGGUAUUUGGAUAUUAUUUGUAUCAAUGCUCUGGUCAAUCAUUCAUGA